UAUCGAACUUCACAUCUACAUCAAUUCACGUCAAUUCACAUCGCCUACUUUUCAUAUUUUAUACACACUUAUAGUAUAUUGUUAUUUCGUGAAGCUAUUGCUUCUCGAGAGACUCUUCAUUCCAUAAACGAUAUCAUCCCCAUAUCUUCUAAUAAAAUGGGAGAGCUUCCCCACAUUUCCGUCCGGAGGUAAAAGCUGAUUUAUGUCUAAACUUCCUCUCUAUAAACAUCGUGAUGGCGGUCAAUUUAUCAAGCUAUCCGCCUCUUGGGCAGGUUACUCAGCUCAAAGACGAAGAUUUCCAAUUCACAGUCCUUUUAGAAGUAGACAAUGACCUUGCAGACGACCCUUGGGAAGUUGCCGUUUGGCAUUCCUCAACUGAUGGGGAUUGGACAGAGACGUCAUUGUCGCCUACCCCUACAGGCCAUUCCCCUGUAUCGCUUCAGCCUAUCAAACUUCCAAGUACUCAAUUAUGUUUUAGUGCACCAUUCUCCAUCACGUCUUUGAUGAAGUUCACUCUAAAAUUCCGUAAUGGUCACAAUCGACCUUGGAUUUGGCCUUCUGAAAGGCUAGACGCGAUAUCUGAUGGGGUUGUAUUAAUCAAUCCAGCAAAUGCGAUUUCCGCGAAGAGUACCGAUCUCUCGAACAUAAUCAAUGGAUUGAACCCGGAGUUGCGGGUCAAUACUGCAGCGAGCCAAACUCUCAAUACCCAACUUUGGACUCUUCAAGCAAGUGUUAGCUCGUCUAAUGACUCCUCUGCUUAUGCUGAUGUGAAUAUUGGAAUUCCGUGGGGCGGUGCUUUACGAUACUUUGCUCUAGUUCGCCAGAGUGCUUCAUGGUUGACCCCUAGACAUGGCAGUGAUCCGUUCAGCAUAGAAAAGGAUGCCGUUAUGUGUUCGUUUUUGAGCAACUCGGGAAGGCACUUAGUCUUAUUAGGAGUCAGUGGUCCAGAUAAUGUGAUCACCCUCCUGCGUAGCUCAGACGCGGGUUCUGUGAAAAUGCAUAUACGCAACGACGAAGAAUCCGAAUCAUCGGGUCUGGUUUUAGCUGCAGUCGGCGAUGAUUUUGAGAGCACCAUGGCAGCUGUCAUGUAUCACGCUCGGACGGUUAUCUUCGCUGCUGGUAACUCCCAGAACGAAUUGACCAAAGAAUUGGAGGGUUUGAAUCUCGAUAUUGAGCCCCAAUGGUAUGAGAACUGGUACGAUGGAUUGGGAUAUUGUACUUGGAAUGCGCUCGGCCAAGACUUGACUGAAGAGAAGAUAAUCAAUGCCGUCCAAGCGUUAGCAAAGGACCAAAUCAAUAUCAGUAGUCUUAUCAUAGACGAUAAUUGGCAAGACAUUGAUUACCGUGGUCAAGAAGAUGAUCAUUAUGAACAUGGCUGGAAAGGAUUCGAGGCGAAACCCAAGGCAUUUCCUAAUGGACUAAAAGACACAGUCUCUCGCAUUCGUUCAUCACACCCGACCAUUGAGAACAUAAUUGUCUGGCAUGCUCUACUGGGUUACUGGGGAGGAAUUUCUCCCGAUGGCGGCCUUGCAAAAUCUUACAAAACGGUACAGGUUGACCGAAAAGACUUUAAAAGAGAAGGAACCAUGACAGUUAUCGCGAAGGAAGAUGUCGCGAAAUUCUACGAUGACUUCUAUCGAUUCUUGUCGAAUUGUGGAGUUGACGGCGUCAAGACAGACGUCCAAUCCAUGAUAGACACUUGGGUAAAUUCUAAGCCACGCCGGGAACUCACUGAAACAUAUCUUGACAGCUGGAUGAUAUCGAUUCUGAGACAUUUCGGUCUGAGAGCUAUUUCGUGUAUGUCCCAAGCACCUCAACUCCUAUUUCGCCAGCAGCUGCCACGGAAUAGGUCACCGCUAAUUGUGCGAAACUCUGAUGAUUUUUUCCCUGAUAUCGGUUUCUCGCACCCAUGGCACAUUUUCGCCAAUGCCCACAUUACUCUACUCACUCAACAUCUAAAUGUCUUGCCGGAUUGGGAUAUGUUUCAAACCGAUCACAAGACUGGGGGGUUUCAUGCUGCUGCGCGGUGUCUAAGCGGAGGGCCAAUCUACAUCACCGAUAUCCCGGGAAAGCACGAUAUCGAUCUCAUCAAUCAGAUGACAGGGAAGACGCCUCGAGGGAAGACCGUCAUAUUUAGACCUAGUGUGCUAGGGAAAAGCAUCGAUCCCUACACAAGCUAUCACGAACCUGUCGUCCUAAAAAUUGGGAGCUUCCACGGGCGAGCCGGAACAGGAACCCCGAUGCUUGGCGUCUUCAAUAUCUCCUUCCGACCCUUAAGAGAAAUCAUCGCGCUCACGAACUUCCCCGGCAUUGACCCUUCGCUGGAGUAUGUUGUACGAACUCACCGCAGCGGGUUCGUCACGCCUACCCUUAAACCUAAUAGACCUACUGCCGAUUUUGGGAUAUCGUUAGAUGUUCGGGAGUAUGAUAUCCUUACAGCAUUUCCAGUAACGCAGUUCAACAGCGAGACGAACGGCAAGAUCUACAUCGCUAAUUUGGGGCUGGUCGGGAAAAUGACGGGGGCCGCCGCCAUCACAUCGUAUCAAUUCGAACUGCAUCAUACUGACAAAGCGUUCUUGGAUACGCGACUUAAAGCUUUGGGAGUUCUCGGAUUAUAUAUCUCGAGUCUGCCUGACAUGUCAAUCGAGAGGGACUUCAUGGCGACCAUUCAGGGAGAGCCCAUUCCUCCCCACACAGUUACUAUCAAUGCGGAUAGUGAUCGCGUAUUGAACAUCGACAUCGAAAAAGCUUGGAAGGAAAUGGGUCUCGAAGCCGGUUGGGCUAACGAAGUUGAAGUCAAGGUUUACUUGGACAUCGAGUACCCCUAGUUGGGUAUGAAUGAGAAAUGGAUAUGAGACACGUAUUAUUGGGAUGGGACUUGGUUUGGAUGGCAUAACGACUAUGACGAGAAUGAUGACUACAAAUUUGGAAUACACUUCACGAUAAAUUGGAAUAUUAAAUUCAGCAAAAUAAGCUAGUUGGCUACGGAAC